GGUGAACCCUACUUGCACUAGCUUGAGCCCCCCACACCAGACUGUGGGAGAGUGAAACCGACGACUCGCGGACCGCGAAAAGCUCGUCAGCCACUGUGCUUGAGCUUGACUUCCCCUAGCUUGUCUGGGUCCCACCUUUCGCUUCAAGCCUCUCCAAAUCACUCCAAUUAUUUCCUUCCGUUUCUAUUUCAUGAUAAAUUAAUUAAUUAAAGAAAAAAACAAAAAACAGAGAAGGACAGCUUUUCUCUAAUUUUCGCAUUAUCUUUCUACUCUCGACCACUUUUCUUAUUUCUUCUGCGUUCUUCAACCCUCUGUCGAUCACCGAGAGAGAAAUUCAACGUCAAAGAAAAUAAAAACUUCCUAAUUUAUCCUUCUUUGAUUCUCUCCUCGAUCUGAUCCCGGUUCUAACCUUUUAAAUUUCUUAGUUUCUUUCAAUUUCGUCCUCCAUUUCUAGGGUUUCGCUUUCUCUUUCUGUUUCAAUUGUUUCUUCUGUUGAUGAAUUGGAGUCAUAAAGAGAGAGAGAACGACUUUAACUCUAGGGUUUUUAGUUAAAUGUCUGAGUGAGUUGUGUUGUUGGCUAUGGCUGCCGUGCAGAGAGUGGUGCAGUCGAGUGUGAGUACGAGCGCCGCUGCCACCAGCAGCUAUGGUGUCUCUCCGUCCUCCAAAGGAGUGGAGGUUGUGAUCUCCGAUCGAUUUCCGGCUGGUUUGAGGGUUCUAGUUGUGGACGAUGACAUUACUUGCUUAAGGAUUCUCGAGCAGAUGCUUCGCCGUUGCCUCUAUACCGUUACUACUUGCUCGCAAGCCAAAGCUGCCCUCAAUCUUUUACGUGAGAGAAAAGGGUGUUUCGAUGUGGUGCUUAGUGAUGUUUAUAUGCCUGAUAUGGAUGGUUAUAAACUCCUUGAACAUGUUGGGCUUGAAAUGGAUCUUCCAGUAAUUAUGAUGUCGGCUGAUGGAAGAACAAGUGCUGUUAUGAAGGGAAUAAAACAUGGGGCUUGUGAUUAUUUGAUUAAGCCCAUACGUGAGGAAGAACUGAAGAACAUAUGGCAGCAUGUUGUUAGGAAGAAUUUGAAUGAGAAUAAAGAGCUAGAACAUUCAGGAAGCUUAGAUGAUAAUGAUCGGCAGAAACGAGGAAAUGAUGAUGCUGAAUAUGCUUCUUCUGUCAAUGACGGGGCUGAUUUAUCAUUGAAACCUCAGAAAAAGAGGGGCAAUGCCAAAGAAGAGGAUGAUGGUGAAAUCGAGAAUGAUGAUCCAUCCACAUCAAAGAAACCACGUGUUGUUUGGUCAGUGGAACUGCACCAACAAUUUGUCGGUGCUGUAAACCAGCUAGGGAUUGAUAAGGCUGUUCCCAAGAGAAUUCUUGAGCUAAUGAAUGUGCCUGGUUUAACUAGAGAAAAUGUUGCAAGCCAUUUGCAGAAAUUCAGACUAUACUUAAAGAGAAUAAGUGGGGUGGCUCAACAAGGUGGAAUUAGAGAUCCACUUUGUGGGCCAAUAGAACCAAAUGUUAAAAUUGGUUCAGUUGGAAGAUUUGACAUCCAAGCAUUGGCUGCCUCUGGACAAAUUUCUCCACAAACUUUGGCAGCCCUCCAUGCUGAGCUCUUAGGUCGACCAGCUGGUAAUUUAGUUGCGGCAAUGGACCAGCCAGGCUUUCUUCAAGCAUCCCUUCAAGGGCCCAAGUUCAUUCCAGUUGAGCAUGGUGUGGCAUUUGGUCAACCUUUGAUAAAAUGCCAAUCCAGCAUUUCCAAACACUUCCCACAAUCCAUUGUGUCUGUUGAAGAUGUUCGUUCAGGAUUUGGAGCAUGGUCCUCUAAUAACAUUAGUACAGCAGGUCCCAGUAGCAGUCUUGGAGGGUUAAGUUCUCAGAAUGGUAACAUACUUAUUGAUUUGUUGCAGCAACAGCAACAAGAACUCCAGAAACCACAGCAGCUGCAGCAGCAGCAAUCCACUGUUCCUGAGCCCAGCCGUUCGAUCCAUGUGCAGCCAUCUUGCAUUGUUGUACCCUCUCAGCCAUCUGCUAGUUUUCAGGCAGGAAACAGUCCUGUUUCUAUAAACCAAAAUGGCAGCUUUAGUAGGACUGCUGUUAUUGAUUACACUCUUCUUUCAUCUCAAUUAAAUAAUUCUUCAAUGAACUUUGGGCAAGUCUCUGAUGUGGAUCUCCAAACUACUGGCAUUCUUAGUGGGUGCAUCCCCACUACUGUUUCUCCAGCUGUGUUAUCUUGCUCUGUGAAUGCUGACAAUUGUACUAGUCGGCAAGUUCAAACCUCAAGCAUGACAUUUAAAGCAUCGAGACAUUUGCCAGGAUUUGUCCAUAGCACAUGUGAUGUCCAGGGUCCCUAUGGUUCUACUAAGUCUGGAGAAGUGCUUGAUCAGGCAUCUUUUAAUAAUCUUGGAUAUAUUAAUAGAGGGGCUUGCCUUCCAACCCGAUUUUCUGUUGAUGAAUUUCAAUCACCAAUGAGCAGCUCUAGCCAUGGAAAUGUCUUCAGUGAGAACAUUGGUACCAGAGUGAAGCAGGAGCCAAAUAUGGAAUUUGUGGAUAAUGCGAAAGUGGGCAUACCAAUACUACAACAAUUUCCUCCAAAUGAUCUCAUGAGUGUUUUUACAGAAUAGGCUGGCAUUGCAUGGUGAGAAUACCUGUCUGAAUUCUGUGUGUGGGUAGAGAUUGUCUUGCAGAAUCAGUUGUUCAGAAGGGUUCAAGUUGCAUCUUAUUUUUACAAUAGACGUAAUUCCUAAAACCUUACCUGACUGUGUUAUGAUGUGAAGCCACCCGGUAUAUGCAAUUCUAAAGAGCAGGAACUUAACUCUGCUCUCUUUUGUACAUUUAGGGUGAUGGCGUCUGCUUGCGUCUAUCCUAUAAUGGUUAUGCCCUAAUUAGUCUGUAGGAAAAAUAAGUUGUGUUAGACUGAUAGCUUGAAAUUAUGAUGGCAUCUUGCCAACGUAAUUGUGCAGUAUUUGGGUCUAGUCUAGUGAUGUUAGAAUUCUCAUUUAUUUAUUACUCAAAUGAGUCAAUGUGUACUUUUGCCCCAUUUUAUUCUCUUACCUUCUCUCUCGCGCACUAGCUGAAUGGUUUGUAGAGAUGGACAUAUACAAUUCCUCGAUGGUUGGUUGGACAUGUCUUUACACACGCACUUCCUUACACGUUUUUGUUUUAAUAAAGAAUGGGAUGAUGUCUACAUCCUUAGAUUUCCAUCAUAUGAUCAUGGGCCGGGCCGGAGCGAUUAAUCCCUCUUUCCUCAAAAUCAGGAAAGAA